UUACUGAAUCUGAUUGCUAUGUGACCUUGUGGCUUCCUACUUCCUCAGUGGAAAAAUUUCGAACCAAAACAGUGACAAAUUGCAAAGAUCCAAUAUGGAAUGAAUCAUUCUAUUUCAGGAUCCAGAGUCAAGUCAAGAAUGUUUUGGAACUGACAAUAUGCGAUGAAGAUUUAUAUCAAAAUGACGACAACCGUACAAUUUACUUUGAUGUAGCUAAAAUCCCACUUGGAGAAUCAAUAAUGGUCACAUUUGAAUUGGAUCGCCUGUAUAGUCUACUAACAAAUUCAAUGGGAUGUGGUGGCUCAGUAGCUAAGAAACUGAAUUUGUUAAUCAAAAAGUGUCGUGAAUUCUGCUGCUUGGAGUUUCAAGUAGACAGGAAGAAACGGAAGAAAAAGAAAAAGCAUACAAAACGUGAGGCUAUAUUGCAUUACAGUGUUUAUAAACAAAUUACUACACCUGGUUCAGAACAAGAUGUCAAAUGUACAUUGAAAGGAUCCUUUGAAGAAACUCAAAACAUUUCAUUAACUUCUGCCAACCAGCUGCAAUGCACCGAACCUUCCUUUUUCCACUAUGCCAAGUACAAUCCAGCAGAACUAGAUAUUCUUCUUCCAGGAAAGAGAUCGUUUCUCUCUUUUUGCUCUUGUUUGUCAUAUGGAAGUGGUGCUGCCAAAACCAGAAAGUUGACCUUGCCUGUACAUUCAUUUCCCUUAAAUCAGGAAAUAAUCAAAGAGGAUAAAGAAUUUAAUUUACACUUCACAGCACAGAACUGCACAUCAGACCUGGAUGUACGCUUAGGGUUUGAUCUUUGUCCAGAAGAAGAGGCUUUCCUGAAAAAACGGAAGAAAGUGACUGCUGCUGCUUUCAAAAAUAUUCUCCAGCUUGAGGAUGAUCUGGAGGAAGAUGAGGUGCCAGUGGUGGCAAUCAUGACGACAGGUGGUGGGAUCAGAGCACUUACGGCGAUGUAUGCUCACCUACUGACAUUUCAGGAAUUAGGUGCUUUGGACUGUGUUUCCUAUCUCACCGGAUUGUCUGGCACAACAUGGACCAUGUCACGCUUGUAUCAGGAUCCCAACUGGUCCCAAAAUGAUUUAGAAAAGCCACUCAGGGAUGUGAAAAAUCACGUGACAAAAAACAAGUUUGUGGCCAGUUUUGCCCCAGAAAAGCUGAAGUACUAUGCAAAGGAACUGUGGCAACGUUAUCAAGAAGGGUACUAUGUAUCUUUCACAGAUCUAUGGGGAUUGAUCAUUGAAGCGCUGCUACGCAGUGAGGAAACCCCUCACAAACUUUCAGAUCAGCAGCAUGCCCUAGCUGAUGGACAGAAUCCUCUACCUAUAUAUCUUUGCCUCAAUGUGAAAGAGAAACUAAGUAAUCGAGGGUUCAGAGAAUGGUUGGAAUUCACACCAUAUGAAGUUGGAUUCCAAAAAUAUGGUGCCUACAUUCAUGCUGAAGACUUUGGUAGCGAAUUCUUCAUGGGUCGUUUGAUGAAAAAGAUCCCAGAAUCACGCAUCUGCUUUUUAGAAGGAAUUUGGAGUAGUGUGUUUUCUGUGAACAUUAUGGAUGGCUGGUUCCUGGCUACCAAUUCAGAAGAUUUUUGGCAGAUCUGGACACGAGAGAGAAUAACUGAAAUUGAAGAGCUUAUGUGCUGUCCAAAAGCAAAUAAAUUCCCUGUUCGGAUUCAGUAUCCUCCAGGAAGCCUUGCCAGCGCUUUGCAAGAUGUUAUAAUGUGGCGACCUGCUGUGUCUUUGGUCCCCAAUUUUCUGAGAGGUUGCCUAAUGCACAACGACUAUUUAGAGAGUGGAUUUGCAAACUGGAAAGAUUGUGAUCUUGACACUUUUCCUAACCAGCUAACUGGAGCUGAAGAGCAUUUGUAUCUAGUGGAUAAUGCAUUUGCCCUCGAUACCAGCUAUCCCCCACUUAUGAGGCCGGAGAGAAAAGUGGAUGUCUUCAUACAUUUAAAUUAUAGCUCAGGUUCACAAUUGCGGCCUCUGCAAAUGGCCUCAGAUUAUUUCUCAGAACAAGGAAUUCCUUUUCCCAGAGUUAUCCCACAGGAACAAGAUGAAAAAGAUGUAAAGGAAUGCUAUUUGCUAGGAGAUCAAGAAGGUCCAAAUAUUCCAUUAGUUCUCCUUUAUCCCCUGGUUUGUAAUACCUUCCAAAAUUAUAAAGAACCCGGUGUGAAGCGUAGUCCUGAAGAGAUGAAUGAUGGUGAUAUUGAUGUUACCAGUACCUGUGGUCCUUAUAAUAUUAAUUCUCUGCAAUAUUCAGGAGAGGAUUUUGAGAAACUGGUAAAACUGAGCCAGUACAACAUCCAAAAUAACAAAAAUAUUUUGAUUGAUGCUUUACGGUUAGCUGUGGAACGGAAAAAACAAGGCACAGUGACAGAGUAA